AUGCUUCAUUUGCUCUUCGAAGCAUAUGAUUCUCAGCACUCAAAAGUUUGGAUUGUGAAGGGUUUGAGAGAUCCAGGAGUUGAAAAGGAAAAUCAAGAUGUAGUUGCAACCCCUCAAAGAAAGCAAUUAAAACCUACUCAACUCGAAAAGAUCAAAAAUUCAAUUCAGAAAGACUUCGAUCCUCUCACUUUAGAGGGAAUCCAUCAUUUCUACUUUCCUCCUUGGAAGAAAGAAGUUCCAUAUAAAGUCAAUAUCAGCAAAUUAGGAAAAGAAGAAGCUGCGAUGAUCCACAAUCUGGCUUUCAAAUAUAGGUGCAAAAAUACCAUUACAAUAUACACCGAUGCCUCAUCCACUUUAGAGGGAAUAGGGGUUGGGAUCGGGAUAGUAGUCAUCUUACCAAAUGGCCGAAUUUCACAUCAAGAGAUUAUCAAUAUAGGCGUGAAUCAGCUUGUCUAUAAUGGCGAGCUCCUAGGAGUUACUAAAGCGAUCGAAUACGCAAAUUCAAUAGCCCAACCAGGAAACAAGUUCAAGAUAUACUCAGAUAAUCAAGCAGGAUUAUUCCGGUUGAAAACCCCCUCCGAUUUACCUGGUCAAUCAUGCCAAAUCAAAGCUAUAAAAGCUGCGGAAGCUAUUCAAAAUAAAGGAGCCGAAAUCUCUCUCAAUUGGGUCCCCGGACAUACAUCUGUACAAGGAAACGAGCUAGCUGAUUCUCUUGCAAAAGAGGCGACCAAAAUACCAUCCCCAUCUCACGAAACCAGUUAUGCCUCCAUUGGAAUGGAUAUAAAAAGAAUGAAAUCAGAGAACUGGAUAGCCAUCCUUAACACUAAUAAUUUUCAUCAACCAUCGUCAACAUAUUCAAGAAACUACCCCUGGAAGAUCAGCUCAAAAAUCAGAGUUCCAGGAAACAUCAAAAGAAGCACAAUCUGUGCUCUGUUCCAACUCAAAAUUGGACACGGAUACUUCAAAUCUUAUUUGAAACGAUUCGGAAUCUCCUCUAAUGACAGUUGUAGAUGUGGGGGAAAGGAAUCUCCUGAUCAUCUUCUACUCAAUUGUCCUAUAUAUAAAACGGCAAGGAAAAUCCUCAAUAAGGAUAACUGUGUGAACGAACCACCAGAUCAUGGCAUCUCAAUAGAAUGCAUGAAGAAGAAGAGGAAGAAGGCGGAGAAGAAGGGGGUCGACCGGAAGAUUGUGAUUGAAUUGAUCAAUUAUGGCCAAUUUGGUCAAUUUAGUCAAUUUGGUCAAUUUGGUCAAUUUGGUCAACUUGGUCAACUUGGUCAAUUUGCCGUGCUAAAAAAAAUAUGGAGAGAAGUCAAUUUCGAAGAUAUAAACUCAGGUAAUGGCAAAGCAAAAACCGGUUAUGAGAAGCUCCAGUUUUGCGGAAAACAGGCUGCCUGUGACAACAUCAAUUAUUUCUGGGUGGAUACUUGUUGCAUUAAAAAGACGAGCGACCCUGAGUUGAGCGAAUCUUUGAACUCUAUGUUCCGCUGGUAUAGGAAGGCUAGAAAAUGCUAUGUCUAUUUAUCAGAUGUAGAGGUCGUUCAAAAUGGUGUAGAGCAACCACAAAGCGUGUGGGAAGGGCGUUUUCGGGCCAGCCAAUGGUUUACAAGAGGAUGGACGCUCCAAGAACUCCUGGCUCCAAUAUCAAUCGAGUUCUUUUCACGGGAUUGUUGUAGGCUUGGUGAUAGGGAAUCUCUGAAGUUGAUUAUACAUGAGAUCACAGGAAUUGCUAUUGAAGCGCUCCAAGGAGUUCCUUUAUCGAAGUUUAGUGUUAUUGAUAGAAUGAAAUGGGCGGAAAACCGAAUUUCGACGAGAGAAGAAGACGCAGCAUAUAGCUUGCUUGGUAUCUUUGGAGUAUCCAUGUCAGUUAUCUAUGGCGAGGGAAAGGAUAAAGCAUUCAGGAGGCUCAACAGGGAGAUCGAGAGUAAUCCCGAUAAUCCUCCCUCUCCAGACAAGCGCUGCCUAACUGAUCUGUUCACUACCGAUCCACGAAAGGACAAGCAACGUAUCGAGGAACUGAAAGGAGGACUGCUCCUUAAGGUAUACGAAUGGGUCUUCAAAAAUGCAGAAUACCAACAAUGGUACAACGACCAAAGCAACCGCUUGCUAUGGGUGAGAGGAGAUCCUGCCUAUUUCUUUUGCCAAAGCAACGUCGAUACUAUUAAUAGUGCUAUCUCCGUCCUACGUGGCCUUAUUUAUAUGCUUUUAUAUGAACAGCCUUCACUCAUUCGGCAUUUACAAAAGGAAUAUGAGGUUCCAGGGAAGCAGUUAUUUGAAGGUAUUAAUGCGUGGGUGGCGCUCUCUAAUAUUCUGAAGAACAUCUUGCAUGAUGAGAGUUUGAAGCCAAUAAUCUUGAUUAUUGAUGCACUUGACGAAUGCGAAAAGGACAUGGUCAAAUUACUUCGUCUGAUUGUUUCCAGUCUAAUUGAGUUUCCUCGCGUUAAGUGGCUUGUCUCUAGUCGUAACUGGUCUGAAAUUGAAGAGGCACUAGGGCCGAUUGAGGAGAGAACGUCGCUCAAUCUCGAAUUAAAUACCCACACAGUAUCUAUUGCUAUCGAUUGGUAUCUCAUGGCUAUUGUAGUAGUAGCCUUUCGACCUAUUACGCUCUGCGAGUUGGCACGUCUGAUCGGAUCGGAGAUUCAUUUGGAAGAAAUCAUUCAACUUUGUGGCUCCUUUCUGGUCGUUCGUAAUCAGAGUAUCUUCUUCGUUCAUAAGUCGGCAAAGGAUUUCCUAUCAGAAAAGGCUGCUGAGAUAAUAUUUCCAAAUGGGAUCGGCAAGGUUGAGAAAGCUCCUGAACUUUCCGCUUAUAUUCAUGAUGCCAAGCGCUUCGUCCUUUAUAACCGAGUAGGAAUUGAACAAGCUCCUCUUCAAAUCUAUUGCUCAGCCCUUUUCUUUGCUCCAGAGAAUAGUAUUAUUCGAAAAACAUUUCAAAAAUGUAUCCCGAGUUGGAUUUAUAAAAUAUCAAGGACACGAUCAAGUUGGAGUGCCGCCCUCCAAACGCUCGAAGGUCAUUCGAGUUGGGUUUACUCAGUUGCCUUCUCACCAGAUGGUACAAAGAUAGCUUCAGGCUCACGCGAUCGAACGAUCCGGCUUUGGGAUACGAUCACGGGCGAAUUGCUUCAAAGGUUCAAGGGUCAUUCGGAUUCGGUUAACUCAGUUGCCUUCUCACCAGAUGGCACAAAGAUAGCUUCAGGCUCACGCGAUCGAACAAUCCGGCUUUGGGAUACAGUGACAGGCGAACCGCUUCAAAGGUUCGAGGGUCAUUCGAAUUGGGUUAGGUCAGUUGCCUUCUCACCAGAUGGCACAAAGAUAGCUUCCGGCUCUGACGAUGAAACAAUCCGGCUCUGGAAUACGACAACAGGCAAAUCGCUUCAAAGGUUCAAAGGUCAUUCGGAUUGGGUUAGUACAAAGAUAGCUUCAGGCUCAGACGACGAUACAAUCCGGCUCUGGGAUACGAUCACGGGCGAAUUGCUUCAAACGCUCGAGGGUUAUUCGGAUUGGAUUAGUUCAAUUGCCUUCUCACCAGAUGGCACAAAAGUAGCUUCAGGCUCAGGCGAUCAGAUGAUCCGGCUCUGGGAUACGAUCACAGGCGAAUCGCUUCAAACGCUCGAGUAUCAUUCGAGUUUAAAGGCAUCCUCAGCCUUUGAACGGUACUUUAUGUCAAACCAUUGGAUAGCUGAAAGAUUAGAUGAAGAAGUGCGAAAUAUUCUUUGGCUACCUCCAGACUAUCGACCAACUAAAUUGAAGAUCUGA